UCAGCAGACAGCUCUUCUUCUGCAGUGGAUGAUUCCGAGGGGAAAUGCCGCUCCUGAUGCCCUUCAUCACAUUGGUCUGUGCGUGGUGCUUUGCAUCAGUAGCAGCCUCUCCACACCUCUGCCUUACUCAGAUACUCUGGAGGGAAGCAUAGAUGAGGAAGACAACAACUACUUCACUUUCUAUCUGCCUAUUACCAAUGUCUCCACAGAGUACCAGACCGCACCUGCCAACACAGCCCAGGAGGAAACUGACUUUCUGAAUCAGCUUGUGAACUUUCUUAAUGAGAACAUGCUCCUCAUCCUCGUUGCAGCCAGUCUCAUCCUUCUCGUCUUCCUUAUCAUCUGCGGGGCAGUUUUCAUGAGCCACAGACGCAAAGUCAACACUUACUAUCCUUCCUCCUUCCCCUCAAAGAUGUAUGUGGAUGACAGGGACAAAAGUGGAGGUGCUAAACCCUUUAACGAAGUUCAAGAAAAAGCUUCCCCGGGGCAGGAAAGCGAGCCAGUGGACUCUCACAAGCAGCUCCAGGCUGACAUUAUGAGGGCUGCCAAGAGCCUGCGCGCUCCAAAUAAAUCUGUUGAUGCUGCAGAGAGAAGCGAUCCCAGUCAGAAAGUAGCAGACCACAGUCCCGAGGACAGCUCAAAAGCAGAUGACAGCAUCCUAGACCAUCAGCUCCCAAGUCUCCCAGAGGAAAAUGAGCCGAGCGAGCUUCCGACAGUGAGGCCACCACCACAGAGGGCAGCUCAGAGCCGAAUCCUCCUGAGCUGCCUCGGUCAGAGGAAGUUGAUUCACAAGAGCCUUUGA